AGUGAAAAUGUUGAAAAAGAUAAAGUUAAUGAAGUUGAUAAUGUUAAAGAUGAUGAUAACAAAGUUAAAAAAGAUAAUAAGAUUAAUAAAAUUGAUAAAAUUGAUGAUUAUGAGAAAUAUGAUGUUGUUGAAGCUGUUGGAAGCAAAGAUGAUCAAAAUGAUGAUAUUAAUGAUGAAAAUCAUAAAUAUAAUAAUUAUAAGGAAGAAUAUAAAGGUGAUAAUGUUAAUGAAGUUCAUAAUGAUUAUGAGAAAGAAUAUAAUGAUGAUAAUAUUAAUGAAGUUCAUAAUAAUUAUAAGGAAGAAUAUAAUGAUAAUAAUGUUAGUGAAGAUAAUAAUGAGAAAGAAUUCUGA